CGAGUCACAACCAUGUCGACCAUCCACGUUGACGAGAGCAUCGGAUCCGACGAAACUGGCAAGGGCACGCCCGAGCAGCCGUAUCAGUCGCUCGCAUUCGCGCUGUACACACAUGCAGAAGCCAAGCUGCUCGUCCGCAAAGAUGCAGCGGGCACAUACGAAGAGCCGACACAGUCUGCGCUGAAGAAGGCGAAGAAGGGCGCAGACGGCCUCGAGAAGAAACGCAAGAAGGCGGAGGAGCUUGCCGAGCGCGAGGCGAAGGAGAAGGAAGGGGAGCGCGAGCGGCGGGAAAAGCUCAUUGAGGAGAGCAAGAGGAUCGUCCUCACCGAAGACGAGAGCCUCGCUAAGGCGAAGAAGGCGAAAAUUGGCCACCUCGGGUCGCUUCGUGGCCAACGUGUGUCGGUCUCUGGAUGGGUGCACCGUCUGCGUAACCAGAAGGAUAUCAUCUUCAUCGUUCUCCGUGAUGGUACAGGCUACCUUCAAAGCGUGCUUUCUGGCAAAGUGGCGCAAACUUAUGCAGCGUUGACUCUGACCCUUGAGUCCACCGUCCAACUGCACGGCACACUACAAGCCGUCCCCGAAGGCAAGACUGCGCCGGGCGGGCAUGAGCUUGUUGUUGACUACUGGAAGGUGUUGGGUGGUGCUCCCGGUGGUGACGAGGCGUUCACCAAUCGAUUGAACGAAAAAUCGGACCCAUCGAUCCUCGCUGACCUGCGCCACCUUGUCCUCCGUGGCGAGAUCGCUUCCGCUGUCCUCAAGCUUCGCGCCGCCCUCCUCUCUUCCUUCCGUGACACGCUCGUCUCGCAUGACCUCCUGGAGGUUACCCCACCCUGUCUCGUACAGACGCAGGUCGAGGGCGGUGCGACACUGUUUAAGCUCGACUACUAUGGUCAGCCUGCGUACUUGACGCAGAGCUCGCAGCUCUACCUUGAGACGUGCUUGCCAUCUCUCGGGGACGUGUUCUGCGUCCAAGAGAGUUUCCGCGCCGAGAACUCACAUACUCGUCGUCACUUGAGCGAGUACACUCACCUCGAGGCUGAACUGGCCUUCAUCACCUUCGAUGACCUCUUGACUCACAUAGAGGCAAUUAUUUGUGAGACCGUCGACCGGCUGCUCGCUAACCCCACGACUGCCGCUCUGAUCAAGCAACUCAACCCCAACUUCACCGCGCCCGCUCGCCCGUUCCUGCGCAUGUCCUACGUCGACGCAAUCAAGUGGUUGAACGAGCACGGGAUCCAGCACGAAGCAGAGGACGCCGAUGGGAAUGUGAUUCUUGACGAACAGGGCAAGCCGAAGAUGGUUGACCAUGCUGUGGGCGACGACAUCGCAGAGGCCGCGGAGCGACGCAUGACUGACAUCCUCGGCGUGCCGAUGUUCCUGUACGGUUUCCCUGCCGAGCUCAAGUCGUUCUACAUGAAAAGGAUGCCAUACGGGGACGGUGACGUGCACCUGUUCACCGAGAGCUGCGAUUUGCUCAUGCCCGGUGUCGGCGAGAUCGUCGGCGGCUCGAUGCGUAUGACGGACCAGGACGAGCUCUCUGCGGCGUACAAGAAGGAAGGUAUCGAUCCAACGCCGUAUUACUGGUUCACGGAUCAGCGCAAGUACGGUACAUGCGAGCAUGGUGGGUACGGCUUGGGUGUUGAGCGUUUCCUUGCUUGGCUCGCCAACCGCUACACUGUCAGGGAAUGCUCGCUUUACCCAAGAUGGCCUAGCCGUGCGACCCCCUAGACCAGCUGUCCUUAGCACAAGUGUAAUAAGCAUGGGAUCGCGUUACAGUCGUGCGCUGUUGUAAUAGCUCAGAGAACUCAAUUACAA